GUGGCAUUUACUUUAAAUGUAUUUAAAUGUAUUUAAAGUGCUUGUAAUAUUUAAACUAGUGGCUUAAACGUGAUAGUGAUAUGUAAAGUGAUUAAACAAGCUCAAAUAUGUCAAAUACAUAUUCUUGGGAACAAAUGAAACUAUUAAAAUUAUAUAUAACUUGUUCCGGGUGUAGCUUUUCUUGGAAGUAUUAUUAGUCGCUUAUCAAGAACUCAGCAGUGCGCUAAUACAGAAAACUAGUUUGCUUUAAGCUCCAUUAAGUGAAACACAUUAAGUGGAAACAUUAAGUGGAAACAAGUUGAGACUGUGAAAGAGUGAGAAACAUGAGUUCCUACGCCCUGGUGCCCAGCACACCCCCGCCUUCGUAUGAGGAGUCCAUGGGCUGGGCACCACGCAGAUCGCAGAGCACCACGUCGCUGCUCCCGCGGAAUACAUCUACGUGGAUGAUCUGUCCACUGUGCCACGACGAGAUCGAGACGACCACCAAGGUGCGGCGGCGAACGAUCGCCUACGUGGCCUCGGGCAUCGUGCUGUUCACCACCUGCGGCAUGGGAUGCUGGCUGAUACCCUGCAUCCUCGACGGCUUCAACGAGGUCCAUCACUCGUGCCCCGUCUGCAAGGCGAGCCUGGGCACCGUUCCCCAACACGAUCAGAGCUGGCCCACCUAAUUAAUCAUCUGAAAUGGACAUAUAUGUAUAUAUUUAAAACUGUAACUUGAAACUAAGUGAAACUGAGAAACUGAAACAUGAAACUAACUUUAAGCUAGCUCUAAG